UGCAGAGGGAGAAUCAGUCACAUUUGCACCAUCGCCCCCGUCAGGACGUACCCGGUACCCGUCACCGUCUUCGAACGCGAUCUGCACACAAACUUCUAGACUCUUUGCUGUUGUUGCCUGUUGUUCUUUUUUUUUUUGUUAAUUUGCAAACGCAAACCAAAAGCGAAAGUUGUACAACUUAUUUUUUGACUGUGUGACAAACCAAGGAAAAUUUCGACAUUUUUGGAUAUCAAAUAGGAAUUACCAGACGAACCAGAAAAAAGAUCCACAUCUAGACACACACAACCCGAUCGACGACUUAUAUCGCCGGAGAUAUCGCAGCUGUCAAGAUGCUCAAGUGGGCUGUGAACCAGCCCCGGCCCUCGUACCUGGCCAAGGAGCUGCCAGGGGGAGCCGUCACCAACCCCAAGUCAUCAGCAGCAGCGGCGGCAACAGGAGCUACAGGAGCAGCAUCUGCAGCCGGAUCAGGAUCAGGGGCAAGCAGCUACAGCGAGUUCCAUGCGCUGCGAGGAAAGCUCAAGCGAAAGUCCCUCUGCCUGGCCCUGGCCCACGGACAGGGGAAGGAGAACCAGCUGACCUCGACGCCACUGCCCGCCAGCUCCCUGUCCAUGCAACCACGGACACCGCUGCUCAAGGACCUCAGCAACAUCAUGUCCUCGCCCCUCACUACACCCACACCCCGCCCACACACUGCAGCAGCAGCUCCCACCGCCUACGCCUCCACACUGCCGACCUUCGAGGCGGAGUACUCCCCGAGUGCGGCCAUCAUCCCGGGUCCCCUGCUCGCCCUCCGCGGCAUGGGCAUCCCCGACAGCUACUUCGAGAAGCCGCGCUACCUGGAGCUAAAGGCCCUGCCCCAGCCCCUGCCCGUGCCACAAGCUCCUGCCACGAAGAGCGGCCAGACAACGCUCAGCUCCAGCCAGAUGGGAGACGUGACGCUGGAGCGGAUGAUCGAUGCCAUUCUGGAGAGCACCCGCAAGGCGCCAGCUCCCCGGCAGCAGCGUCAACGUCUGCGUCAUCGCCACAGACAUCACCCCCUGAGCAGCACAACCUCCGCUGACACCGCCACCCACUCGCCCACCUACCGACCCGCCUUCGACCCAGCCAGCGACCUCUGCGAGUACUGGAAGUCGCCGCACGCGAGUGGCUACGAGGAGCGGGAGGUACGCUCCCCCCAGCCUCCACCGGAACUGCCAGGCACCGCCACAGCCACAGCCACAGCCGAGAGUCAAUCCCAGGGGAAGAGGCGAUCCCUGCAGCUGCGGAGGCAGCGCGUGGUGCGACGCAAACGGAAGAUCGCCACCAGAAUCUCCUCCAGUGUGCGGCAUUCCGCCCAGAAGCUGCUGGCGGCCGCUCGCUCCGCCCAGAAGAUCCGCCACAUCAGCCCCGACAGCGGCCACAACUCCACCAGCGACUGUGACUUUGAGGAGGAGGCGGACUCGCUGUCAUCGCUGGGCGCCUGUGGAGGCCUGGGACUGGGCUUGGAGGCGGGAACCAAGCGGCGGCUGAGCUUCUCCUUCCAGGAGGACCUGUUCGUGGAGAAGUGAGAACGAGAAACAUCUUUGGCUGUCAACAGAUUAUUUGCCUUUCCCCACACUUUUUUUCGUUAAUACUUUUGUUUAAACAUUAGCAGAAUGUGGCUAAAAGCGCAGACUCGCAUCGGUAUCCAUAUCCAGAUAUAUUCCGCAGAUGAAUGAUAUGUUGAAAAUG